AUGUGGAGAAGCCCCGGAAUUAACCUGCUCAAACGGUCCAUGAAUUCGAGGCCCGCAUUCAACCGGUUUUGCGGCUUCGAAGUUACGGGCCGAUCAUGGUAUCAUCGCCAUUUUUACGGCACCAGCUCCAUCGUUGAGAACAAUAACAACAAUGGUAAUAAUAAAAAUAAUGUUAACAAUAACAAUAGUACUAAUGAUGGAAUUAAUUCGAUGAGUUAUGAAGAGGCAAAGAAGCUGAUGAGGCUAUCGAAUGUUGAGGCUCUAAAGGAGAAGCUGUCGGAUGUCGAGGACAGGGAAGUUAUACCCUACGACGAGCUCGUCUCCACCUGCAUGGCCGCCGGAGUUGCCAAAUCCGACGAUGAGGCCGCCGCCUUUGCUAGAGUUCUCGACGAUGCCGGCGUCGUUUUGCUCUUCCGGGACAAAGUAUACCUCCACCCAGAUAAGGUGGUUGACCUGGUCCGAAGAGCGGUCCCGCUCGCCCUCCUACCCGAGGACGACCCGGGAAAUAAUGAGCUCAGGAAGCUGCAGGAGAAGAAGGAGAAAAUCGACUCGCUGGCUCACAUACAAGUCCGACGCAUACUGUGGGCUGGGCUCGGGCUGGCCGUGGUGCAGGCCGGUCUCUUCUUUCGUCUCACAUUCUGGGAGUUCUCGUGGGACGUGAUGGAGCCCAUUGCGUUUUUCACGACCACGGCCAGUAUAGUCAUAGGGUACGCCUACUUCAUGUUCACCUCGAGGGACCCGAGCUACCAAGAUUUUCUCAAGAGGCUCUUUCUCUCGAGGCAGAGGAAACUCGUCAAGAGGCACGAUUUCGACAUUCAAAGGUUUGUGGAGCUGCAGAGAAAGUGCAAGUUGCCUUCCAAAUCAUGCGCAUCCAUCAAGAGGCGGAUAGGGGUCGAAGUCGAACCGGAUGAUCUUUUGCACGAUCACUACUAG